CUAAAAUCUCUUAUUUGGUUUUAAUUCGAAACCCUAGAAAAGCAAAAGUCCCCCAAAUUUCAGAGAGGAAACCAAUUUGAAACCCCAGAAAUAGAUUCGAUUUUGCUCUGCCUCUCUCUCUCUCUCUCAUUGAUUUUACAUUUUUUUUUUUUGCGUUUUUUGAUUUCAGGGAUUACGAGAUUCGCUGAAUUUAAGCGCUGGGUUUUGGUUGUUCUGGGUUUUGUGUUGGAUGCUGGUGAUGAUUUCUCUAAUGAUGGGUUUUGUCUUGUCAAAUUAGGGUUUUCAAUUUUUGAACACAUCUACUUCUCUUUUUUCUCCGUAGCCAUUGAAGACGACGCUGCGAAAGCCCGACAUUAUUUCUAACAAGUACAAGGCAAUUGGAAAAUGCAAGUAGCUGUCUUGAUGAGGAUUUCACAUUGCAUAGCAACACAAAAUUGAGGCAUAAGUCGUGUAUCUUAUCGGAUAGAAAUUAGGGUUGAAGGUGAGUUUCGGUGGGAAAAGAUGUCUUCGCCGUAUCCCAAACUUGACAAUCGAACAAUUGAUCAGUGGAAGGUUACAGAGUUGAAAGAAGAGCUCAAGAGGCGCAAAUUGACAACUAAGGGUUUGAAGGAUGAUUUGAUCAAACGUUUAAAUGAGGCGAUUCUAGUUGAAAGGGAAAAUGCCGUGAGGCUUGAGAGGGAAAAUGCAGAGAGGCUUGAGAGGGAAAAUGCCGAGAGGCUUGAGAGGGAAAAUGCCGAGAGGCAGGAGAGGGAAAAUGCUGAGAGGCUGGAGAGGGAAAAUGCCAAGAGUCUUGAACGGGAAAAUGCUAAGAUUAUAGAGGGUGGUGGUGGGAAAGUGAAUAAUGGUUUUGAUGUGAAUGAGGAGCCACUUGCAAUGGAUGCUAAAAAUGUUGUCAUUGAUGGCAGUGCAGCAGCACUGAAUCAAGGCACUAUUGAAGUGGAUUAUGUUCUUGUGGAUAAACAUGAUGCUGCUAUUGGUGGAGAAGAGCUGAAGUUGCAAUCUGCUACUGUUGAAACCACUGUUUCAGUCACUGAGAAUGUGGUAGCAUCUUUUGAUUUAGGUGGGCAAGGUUCACAGAACACUGAAGCAAACAAGACGAAUGAGGAUUCAAAGCCCCAGCUGGAGAAUGAGGAUCCAGAGCCCAUGCAGGAGAGUCUGGAUUCAAAGCCCCAGUUGGAGAAUGUUGAUCCUAAGCCUCAGCUGGAAAGUGAGAGUUUAGAUGAUACACCCAAGGAUGCCAUGCUCAACUCUUCUUCCCCAAACUACCAGGUAUCUGAGGUCAGCACUGUUUUAGGGUCUGAAGUAAAAUAUGAUUAUAUUUCUACUGAUAGUGUGUCAAUUAAUGAAAAGAUUGAACUAAAGGAUAAUAUAAUUGCUGAUCAUGUCAAAAUAGAAUUAGAUGUUAAACCGGAGAUGGUGGAACCAUCAUCCAGUGCUGUUGUCCCAGUCAAUGGUGAUUCACAUCCAAUGGAUGUUGAAGAGCCACCUGAGAGCAAGGCAUCUGUUACAGAGAGAGAUGAUAAUUAUGAUACUAAUGCAGACAUUAGCCAGAAAAAUGAUACUGCGGAUGUGGGUUACUCAGAAAAAUUAAAUUUAGAGAGAAGUUCUGGAGAUGAUUCUAUGGAAGAGGAUGUGCUGGACAGUAAACAAAUUGAUUCGAAGUAUAACUCUGAUUAUGUGGGAGAAGAUAGGGUUGAGAAAACCGAAGAUCCUAUUGCAAUGGAGGACGGCCAUGUUGAUGUUGUGGGAGAUGAUAUUUCUUCUGAAAAAGUGGAUACUAGUGUUGAUGACAGGAAUCAUCCAGCUCUUCCUGCUGAGAAAAGAAAGCUUAAUGAUAAAUCAGCAGUUGGAACCAAUGAGCCUGCUGUUAAAAGGCGCAGGUGGAAUUCUGAAAGCUUAAAAGUUCCUGAGUCACAAAACUCAAUUCAAACACCCACCACCACACCCAAAGAUACUUCUCAAACCCCUGUUCUGAAACACAACUUUUCAAGAUCGAACUCUACAAUGAGUGAGAAUAUUCUGAAGGAACGUGUUGUUCCUCCAUCUCAGAAACCACCAACUAAUUCUCUAAAGAUUGAUAAUUUCUUGAGGCCUUUCACCCUAAAAGCUGUUCAAGAACUUCUUGGGAAAACUGGAAAGUUUACUGAUUUCUGGAUGGACCACAUCAAGACCCAUUGCUUUGUUACCUAUUCAUCCAUGGAAGAGGCUGUGGAGACACGGAAUGCUGUGUAUAACUUGCAGUGGCCUACCAAUGGAGGGCGCCUCUUAGUGGCGGACUUUGUUGAUCCUCAGGAAGUACAAGCCCGAGUUCAGAAUCCUCAGACUCCUGUUACUCCGGUUAGCGCGCCUGUUGCUCCAUCUCCUUCACAGCAUCAGCCUUCACCUCGUCUAUCUAGGCAGCAACUGCAGCAAAAGCUUCCACCACCCCCUUCUCUCCCCCCUCCACCACCCUUGUCUAGUCUUCCCCCAGCAAGGGAGCGCCUUCCUCUGCCUCCCCCACCUCCUCUGUUGGAGAAAGUUGAUCCUCCCAUUGUCACUUUGGAUGAUCUCUUCCGAAAAACUAAAGCAACCCCUCGAAUCUAUUACUUACCUUUGUCCAAAGAACAAGUAGAGGCAAAACUUGCAGCAGGGGGAAGAAACCCCAAGCUCUAGGACUUGCCAGUUCAUGCUCUUCACGGUUUCUAAUGGGUUUGGUUACUGUUAGAUAGGGGUAUGUAUGGUUUUGAACUCUGCUUUAUGUUUAGGGCCCGAGGCCAAGUUUAGUGUUAGAAAUUUCCAAACACUGAGCUAUCUUUAUGAGUUUAUGGAUCCAAUGUAUCAUCAUUUAGACUUGAGUUUAGCUGGUGGCUGUAACUUCUAUUGAACAAAUCUUUCUUAAAUUGAUGAAUGUAGGACAUGCUCAUGUUUUCCA